AUGGAAGAGGAUUGUGAGCUGUGUUCCUGCUCGUCCUGUGAUUCGGGGAGCGUUUCCAGCUGCUGCUCUUGCGACACAUGUAACUGCGACUCAGAGUCGUGCUGCAGCUGGUCCUCGCCCAGCGAAUGUUCAUCCUGCAGCUGCUCGCCGCGCAAUGUGGCGCAGCCGGAGGAAGUCAAGUCGAGCGACCUUGAGCAGAUCAAGACGUUUAUCGCAGACAUCGCAGGUCUCAUAAGACAGAGUAAGGAAGUGGAGGUUAAGGAACCUCCGGCGCCGAAAGAGGUGCCAGAGGCGCCGCCGAAAGUUCCAGAACCGGUUGUAGUGGAGAAACCCGAGCCGGAAGAUCCGCCGGUGACCGAAGUUCCUCCCCAGCCCCAAAACCAUGAGCUGCAACAUGAAAUCGCAGAAUUGGAAAGGAUCAUACAUCGAUCGGAAGUGGCGCUUCGCAACGGUUACGAGUCUAGGGUGGAUCAGCCCGUAGCUGUGCCAUUGGGAGAGCACGUUCCGCACUUUGUCGGUUCCCCCUGCUCGGCAGGAGCUGCGACCGUCGUGGCAACCCCCGCCUGCUACUGUUACACCAACGACAACACCGUGGGAGACCCGUUCAGCUGUGUCGAGUCGCCCAUAAGUUAUUCUGCGCAACCGACAUGGCGCAGCGGCUUCGACGCGCCUCCAGCCAACGAGGAGUACUGCUACUGCAACGAGAACGAAGCGGAAAGCGACACUGACUACAACGAACUCGACUUGGACCAGUUACAUGCCAAAAUGGUAUCCCUGGAUCUCAUGUCGUACAUGAAACUGGUCGAGUCGGUAUUGGAUGAACGAGUAAGAUUAGCCAUCGCAGAGCAGGGAGUAGAGGGGAUGCCAUAUUAG